AUGGCCAGCGACAGCCAGAAGCUGUCCCUCACCGGGACCUACUCAUCACCCGCCAACCCAUCCUUCACCACCACCCACGAGCUGCAAGCGCCCCCUUCUGGCACCGUGAAUCCCUCUGUCCCAGACAAGACCAAGUAUCUGAGCGACCUGCGCAAGGCCGUUGCGACCAUGCAGGACCACGUCAACAAGGAGCUCACCUCGCGCAUGGAGGACGACAAGGCGAGGGAGGCAGGCAAGAACGGCAAGCCAGUAGUCGACGACGUGAAGGAGGAGGAAAAUUACGGAGAGGAAGUCCAAGGAGAGUAG